AUGAGCUCAGCAUUUCGAAUUUUGAACCAAUGCUUCCUGCUUUCAAGCUUGUGCUUACUCCUCAUCACGACACAACUCGCCUAUGGUUGGUCCUUUUUGGAUCCCAAUAUGAAACCCCUUGGUGGUGGCGAUCAGUCUCGACGUACGUUCUUGGAUACUGUUACCUCAACUACUACAAAUGCUGUUGCUGCCUCGAGUCUUGGUGUCUCAACGGCCAUGCUGACCAAUGGUGAAAACAAUGUUGGACUUGCACAAGCUGCUGCGGAAGAGAUGCCAUCCAUCAUCAAUGAUUCGGCACAAGCUACUUAUACCACCAAACCUUUGGCGGGCCGCUUUUAUUUUCCAGCGCUGACACCACCCUUUCGAAAUCGAGCCACCUUCAAGUAUGACUUGGGACGGAAUGCCUGGGCUCUGGAGCAACUCUUGACCUUUGCCAAUGUCACUGCCACCAUACGGUGCACCGUGAUUCAAUUGGAAACGACGGGAGGGCUCUGGGUCCACUCUCCCCAAUGGCCGACUGGUGAAUUCUGUGCCCUUUUGGAUGAGAUUGGAGCCCCUAUGGAACAUGUGGUCUUGCCUUGCAAUGCUUUUGAGCACAAGGCGCCAAUGAAAGCCUUUGCCGAAAACUAUCCGAAUGCUAAAGUUUGGAUUUCUCCAGGUCAGUUCGGUCCACUUGGAACUUGUGGCAAAAGUUUAUCUAAAGACAGCUGUCAAAUGGGAUACCGAGUCGAUGGAAUAUUAGGCUUGGACAAUCCUCUUCCGCCAUGGUCCAAUGAAUUUGACAUGGCCACAUUAUACCUGGAAAUCCCAAAGAAUGCUGGGCCAGUGUCGGAAGUUUCCUUUUUUCAUCGCCCUACCAAGACACUUGUGGCAACGGAUUCCGUCAUCUAUGUCCCCAAAAGGAAAUUUCCUCCCGACAUCUUCUCCACAUACUUUGAUCGAGAGACCAUUGAACAAGACCCAACCUUUUGGCCUCGGACGGUCUUGCAAGCUAUUUUUCUGCCAUUGCGACAAGACGACCAUGGCAAUUAUCCAUCCUACGAGGCCAUUUCCGAUCGGCUGAUCCGUGCGCCCAUUCUCCGAGCCUUGGUCGAUGCUAGGGCACCAAACCAAGUCCGCGAAUGGAUUGCCCAACAGACAAAACCCUCUUGGGACUUUGAUCGAAUCCUAACUAGUCAUUUUGAAUCUCCCAUUUCCGCUGGUCCCACCGAGUACAAGGCAGCCUUUGGAUACCUAGACGACCAGGAAUACAACAAGGUGGAACGAGUCGGACAAACUACUACUACUACUACUAACAACAACAGCGACAAAGGCAAAGUAAAUGCCAAUCUACCAGCCAUCCAGUGCCAAGAUUGGGAACUCUUGGACAGCAUCAACCAAGUUGUCGCAAAAUCUAAUGCCGGUGCACCAGCGACUUUUGACUUUCAAAGGGGCUGCAUAUCAUCGGAAUGA